ACAUUGAGACGUCGGAACAAUGAGGCGUCGGAAUUACGGGCAGGCCCCACCAUUUCGUCACUGAUUAUUAGCAUUAGUCCUCCCUUUUCAAUUAUGAUUAAUGUGGACUGCAAAUUGUGUCCCGGCAUAUUUCCGUGUUAGAUGGUGUAACCGAGAGAAAGUCUGGCGAGUCAGGCUAUGCCAUGGAUGCCUAAACUGUUUGUCUGCCGAUCAUAGCACAGAACAUGACUAUGAGGAGGAAAUAAAAGAGAGCUCUGGCAUAGGCUAGAUUAAUAUUAGCUUGCUAGCCUAGUAGCUACAUAGUUUAAUGACCGCAGUGUAUUCUGAAGUUUGAACUCUCGUGACAGCACUUGUUUGUUAUAGUUUUACACCAUUUAGUUGUAUUAUAAAUAGCGAUGGUCUAUUCAAGAACAUUACACCGAUCAAACAGAUGAUAUAAAGUUAAGGAGGAUAAACUAGUUUAGAGGGGGCGGGCUUGGAGAGUGGGAGGGGGCAAGUAAUAUCGCCUGACAGAAAUCAGCGAUCUGACAGGAUUUUUUGUGAUACGUUUAAUCAGUCAUAAUCAUACGUUGUUGUUACUUACCAUACUCGGGAUACUUUCUCUUUAAUGCCAGUUCCACCAUCUUUCUCCCCCUGGAUUGGGCCAUCGUAAUGGAGCAGUUUUCACAAAAAAAUUCUCUCUGGUAAAUUCACAGCGUCGAAAGAUUCCCGCGAGCAUCUGAAAUCUGGACACUUCGAUGUUCUCUAUGGCAACAGUAACUUCGCUGGGGCAACAGUGUUAUUAUUACGUGAAGCGAUACAACGCAGAAUGACAGUAACUGACACGCUACAAGGCAAGAAUACAGUAAUGGCGUUUACUGCCUUUUUGCUUUGCUUUACUAGCAGUUUUUGUAGUUACUGUACAAACACCCAACAAUUUUCUCCAAAACGACAUACAUUUGAGAUGAGAUGUUUUGUUACAUGACAAAGAAUGCUUUGAAUGUUACAAAAAACACAAUAACUCAUUUUCACCAAAAAAUGCAGUUACUGCCCUUUUGCUUUGUAGGGCAGUAUGGCCAACCUGAGUUUUUCAUGAUUGUGAGCAUUAUAGCCAAUGCUGACAAGGUAUCAUUCUUGUCAAAAAAGCUCACAGCAUGGUAACAUUAUAGGUCUUUUCAAGUUGAGUACAGUGACUAUAGUGAAGUAGUUAUUGUUGAAAUCGCUGACCUGAAUCAUUAUCUUCCUUUGACAGCCUAUUCCAUCGGAGGAAAGCUCUGGGUGACCCUUAGGACACAUUUAUGUUAAGAGAAAAUGGCACGGCUACUCCGUGUUAUUUUGUCUGCUAAUGAGGCACGACGUGUCAAACUUAGCGAAGAGCCACAGUCUGUAGAUGCACUGGUUGACUUCUCAAGAGAAAAACUACAGCUGCAAGGAGACUUUUCUUUACAAUUUGAGGACCCUGACUUUGAGAAUGCACUGUGUGAUUUAUCAGCUAUAGCUGAAUUACCAAGUGAUCGGGCAAUCCUGCACAUAAAGUGGAAAGUGCCUACUAUUACUUUAAGUGUCAUACAACCUAAUGAAUUUGACAUUCAGUCUCUUGGAUCUAUAUCGUCUCUGGACACAGCAAGUUUUGGAUCUCCGGGGGGGCCUUUAUCUGGCUUUUCGCCUUGCCCUUCACCUAGCCCUUCGACCCACCCUUCACCUAGCCAAUCACCCUCAACUACUGGAAACAUGCGCAGUGCUUCAGUCUGGCCUUCUCCAUAUCCAAUUCCUCCUCUGUCUCAUGAUGUUGAACUGAGGUUUAAAAAGGGCAAUGAGGAAUAUGCAAAAAACAAAAAAGGCAUAGGCGAGGUGCCCAGGGACAUGUCAAGUGAUAUUCUGAACAAAAUUUGUCAAGCUAGUUUUAGUAUAAAGGCUUAUCCUGAGCCUCAUGAGGUUGAAUCAAUCGCUGUUGCAUUGAUUUUAAAGUACCCUUGCCUGAAAGAGGAUGAUGGAAAUGAUUACGGCGGAUGGCUUGUCUCCAUCAGGAACAAGUUCAACAAUUACAGAUCAAAGCUGCGGGAUGCUGGUUGCACUGAGGUUCUUCUGAAUAGAAAACGAAGGGCAGAUGGAGAGACAACCCAGUUCGUCUUGAAGAGGCCUAAACGUGGCGAAAUCAACCACUGUCCAGACCAUCCAAAUGACCAAGAUGAAGCCUCCUUGGAGGAACAGAGACAGCUUUUAAUGGAGGAAUCCAAGAAGGCAAAAGUAGAUCAGUCUCUCAUCAAAGCGAAAAUGGAUAUGACCUUCUCACUGAGGCGAAAGGAGGUUGUCGACAAACAACCCAUGGUGGCAGAGUUGAAAGAUAGAUGGCCCGCUUUGUUCUUUAAAGAUCAGAUAAGAGGAUUUGUGAGGAGUUUUUCCGUAUUACAAACAAAGAUCUACUCGGAACAUUCAGAGCUGCAGUAGAAAAAUAUGCGCCCCUGCUGCUGAGUUUGUACCGCGCCCGAAAAACUGAGUUUGGCAAGGACCUGAAGGAGAUACUGAGAAAGCUUGAUGAAGAGACCACCAACAUUGUCAGACACCGCAAGGAAGCAGCCAUGAAAGGACUUCCUGUGUUCCUACGUGAAGACCCUAAUCUACUUUUCAAGCAUUGUCUUGAAACUGAUCCAGAUGACGUGGCUGCCAAGGGAGUCACUGUGGGAAUUCUGUAUGUCCUUGAGGACUGUGUGGCUGAAGCCUCAUCCCCCAAGAUCCAAAACAUCGCACUCAUCUUAGAGGAAUCCAUAGUAGUAAAGGACCUUCCGGAUACUUCCACUGCCUUGGCCUACCUUCUCGGCCUCCUUUAUGCACUCAAUAUUUCCUAUCCGGAGGAACUUAAGUACACCUUUGAAACAUUUCAAAAGGUGUUCAUGGAGACUGGCCCAAAAUGCUCUAACCGUGUGCGAUCUCUCAAGAAGAAGCUUUGUCUUGUCUAAACAAGAAAAACUGGUUUUCCCUCUUGGAUUCAGCUCUGACUAGCAGCUGUGAAAUUUGAAAAGUUCACAUAAUUGUUUUUAUCUGUCACACACACACACACACACACUGUUCAAGUCUAAGUGUAAUUGCAGAAUGUUUAUACCUGUUACACACGCACACACAUACACGUUGAAAACGUAGCCAUUUUGUUGAAGUUCAAAUUCAAGUUUUUUGCAACCAAGCAGGGGUGAUUGUUGAAGUCCAAGUGUAACUGCAGGAUGUUUUUACCAGACACACACACGCGCGCGCACACGCCCCCGCACACACUGUUCAAGUCUAAGUGUAACUGCAGAAUGUUUUUACCAGACACACACACACACACUGUUCAAGUCUAAGUGUAAUUGCAGAAUUUUUUUACCUGUUACACACGCACACACAUACACGUUAUACCUGAAAACACACUGUUCAAGUCUAAGUGUAAAUCCAGAAUGUUUUUACCUGUUACACACGCACACACAUACACGUUUUACCUGAAAACUUAGCCAUUUUGUUGAAGUUCAAAUUCAAGUUUUUUGCAACCAAGCAGGGGUGAUUGUUCAAGUCCAAGUGUAACUGCAGAAUGUUUUUACCAGACACACACACACACACACACACACACACACACACACACACACACACACACACACACACACACUGUUCAAGUCUAAGUGUAAUUGCAGAAUGUUUUUACCUGUUACACACGCACACACAUACACGUUAUACCUGAAAACACACUGUUCAAGUCUAAAUGUAAAUCCAGAAUGUUUUUACCUGUUACACACACACACACACAUACACGUUAUACCUGAAAACUUAGCCAUUUUGUUGAAGUUCAAAUUCAAGUUUUUUGCAACCAAGCAGGGGUGAUUGUUCAAGUCCAAGUGUAACUGAAGAAUGUUUUUACCGGACACACACACACACACACACUAUACCUGAAAACUUUGUAAUUGAAACUGAACAGAGAAUAAAUUUCUCUUAAGCGUGCAUUUGUGUAUGUGGAUUUGCUUUGGUAAUAGCAGUAGGGAAUAAUGGGCUCGGUCAACGAAGAAAUCUUUAUAUUACUAGUUACAGUGUUGUAUAGUA